UAUAAGGUUUGUAUUCUGAGGAAGCAGUUUUCACAUCCAUAUACCAUUUAUCCUUAACAAUAUUAACAAAUGACCGGUGUCAAUAUGACGAGUCUGACCCCUGCAAGGAAAGGUGAGCUGACAGCUGAAGAGAGAGUGAUGCUACAGGUAGCUGCUGCAGGUGAUGUGCAAGAGGCCACCCAGCUGCUCAGUAAUCCAAAUGUGCGUGUUAACUGUCUGGAUGAGUAUGGCAUGACCCCUCUCAUGCAUGCGGCCUAUAAGGGCAAAGCAGACAUGUGCAGACUGUUGCUGCAGCACGGAGCUGAUGUCAACUGUAAUGAGCAUGAGUAUGGUUAUACUGCUCUCAUGUUCGCUGGCCUCUCAGGUAAUGCUGAAAUUACAGAGAUGAUAUUAGAUGCUGGAGCAGAGACAGAUCUGGUCAACUCCGUAGGACGAACUGCUGCUCAGAUGGCUGCUUUUGUGGGUCAGCAUGACUGUGUGACAGUGAUCAACAAUUUCUUUUCUCGUGCGAGGCUGGAAUAUUACACAAGACCCGAGGGCUCAGAGGGAGAACCUAAACUACCCCCCAAACUAGCAGGACCCCUACACAAAAUCAUCAUGACUACUAACCUCAAUCCUGUCAAGAUGGUGAUGCUGGUGAAGGAGGACCCCUUAUUGGUGGAUGUGGUGGCGCUGAAGAAGUGCUACCGUGUGAUGGAUCUGCUCUGCGAGCAGUGUGUGAAACAGCAGGACAUGAAUGAGGUUCUGGCCAUGAAGAUGCACUACAUCAGCUGCGUGCUGCAGAAGUGUCUGGCCUUUCUGAAGGAACGUGAUGACAACCUGGACGCCCUUUUGAAGAGCCUUCUGAAAGGAAGAGAUGGUGAUGGCUUCCCUCAAUACCAGGAGAAAUUCAUCCGUGAUUGUAUCCAGAAGUUUCCCUAUUGUGAGGCAAACCUGCUGCAACAGUUGGUCCGAAUUAUAGCACCCGUGGAAAUUGGGAACGUCCCCACAGCCUUCUCGGUUCUGACCCAGGCAUUGACGGGCCAGAUGGUGCUUAUGGACACGGAGUACUGUGCUACAUGUGGAGAGAGGGGUGCUGACAAGAAGUGCUCCUUCUGUAAAAUGGUGGUCUACUGUGGGAAGACGUGUCAGAGGCUGCACUGGUUCACCCAUAAGAGGCAGUGCAAAACCCCUGUGCCACAGAGAGAUGCUCAAUUCAACCGCCAACCCAAACUGAGAGAACUCUCUAGCAAUGCUGAUGACAGUGAUGUAGUGAAUGCCGCCAGCUCCAUGCUGGCUCUUUGUCUGGGGUUGUCAGAGUGUGCACUUCAGCACAGUCCUUCUGAUGACUACUGUGAAACCUCCGAGGCCUGUGAAGAUCCUCCUCGUGCUGGAAAGGACUGAGAAACAGAAAAAUUUUGGCAGUCUUUUCUUUGUACAGGUGAAUUCCACCGGGCAUCCAGGUCAGCCGCAGCGUGCUGUGCUAUGCUGUGAUUGGUGCUCUGCAUUUUAUAGGAAACCGUAAACCAUGAUACAGAAGUGUUGGAUUGUAUUAUUCUAACCUGUGUAAGUACCACACAGAAGACAGGAUAUGUAGAGCACAUGACAAACUUCUAACCAAAGGACAUCCUAUUUUGACUGUGGGUAACUGUUUGAUACUCCAGGGACAUAAAGAAAAACUUUGAGAAUUUUCUCUACCACUUUAAAGGAAUCAUUCACCCCAAAAAUGAAAAUUUGCUGAAAAUGUACUCACCC